GAACUUCCCUGCGUGGGUAAAAGUUCGGUCCCAAAGGGCGGUGCAGGUGUUGAGGUCUGAGAGCGAAGCUCACGCUCGGUAUUUUACUCGCGUGGUGAAGUUCAGUGCAUGCAAUGAGCACCCCCGGAAUUCUAAGAAAACCCGUCUGACCUAUUGACUCUCAGAGCGUUCCACAAAGCUGCUGACUGAAACUGCAAGGUGGAUAAUGUAACUCAUCCCUCUGCAGCACAAAAUCCCCCAGGCUGACAGUGCUGUGGCGUAGCGCUGAUCUGCCUCCCCCCCAAACACCCACCGUGCGCAGGCAGCGCUCUUCCUGCACUCAAAACCGCAGAGAGCCCACGGGAUGGCAGUGUGCAGUCGGGCUGCUGCCACCCAGCAUUGCGCGUUGGUCUCAGGAAAGCUGUCCUCCGCACAAGCCGUGCCUCGCUUCUCCUCCUGCUGCUCUCUGGCUGCUGCACAAGGUGGCAGAAACCAGGAGUCUGCUGCUUGCUGCUCCGUCCUUAAGCACUGCCAGGAGCAGAGUGCUCUGUGCCUCCGUGGGUGCAGGUACCCAGAGGUACACGUUGCAGAGUGACUGACACCAGCGAGCUGAUGCUGUAGAAAUGCCCUUGAAGAUCCCCAGGCUUUCUCUAGUCACAGCUAUUUCUCUGCUCUCUGUCUGACAGGUUGGGUUUAUCUUUUAGAUUGACUCAGCGAGGGCAGGAGGUGAGGCUGAGCCAGCAUGACUUACCGAGACGAGGAGAAAAUGGGCUCAGUGGCCUCCGCUUUCCUCUCACCAAGCUCUGAGAUUUCCGUGGAUGGAACAAGGCACCUCCUGGCACAUUUCCUAUCCUGCCCACACUUUGCUGAAGUUUGUGUUCUGUUGGGGUCGGAUGUUGGUGCCAGGUACCCAAGGAGCAUUGCCAUGGGUUCAAAUCUGAGCCCUCUUUCCUUCUGCCCUCUCACCCCCCUUCUGUUGGGCAUUUUCACGCCUCCUGCACCAUCAGCCUAUUUGUGUCCUGUGUACCUGGGUGCACUGCAGAACUUACCUCCUGCACAACCCCCUCCACAAGGGCCAGGAGGGGAAAACCAGGCAAGCCCAUGUGGGAGGGAAGUGGGGUGGGAGGUGUCAUCACCAGCCAAGGGCUUAUAGGGGCCACGAGGAACAGGAACUUCUGUCACAGCCGGUGCAGGAGCUGAGGAGUGCCAGCUCUCCCUGCACAUCUCAUUCCAGGUCCGAAUGCUUACGAUGGACCCUCAGAGCACCCCCCCUCCUGCCAUUGAAGUCACUCAGCAGCUCCUGGGUAACUCCUGCUGUCAGAUCCACGACGGGUUCCUCUCAGUGACGCUGCCUGUGAUGUACUCACUGAUCUUUGCCGUUGGGCUGCUUAGCAAUGUGCUGGCAUUCUGGGUGUUCUCAUUCAGCAUGCAGCGCCAGACCUCCAUCACUGUGUACAUGAGGAACCUGGCCCUCUCCGACCUCCUGCUGGCCCUCUGCCUGCCCUUCCGCAUCGCCUUCCAGGACAGGAGUGAGCCCCGUGUCUUUUGCAAUAUUGUUGGGGCCUUCUUCUACCUCAACAUGUAUGUCAGCAUCACUUUCCUCAGCCUGAUCAGCCUGGACCGCUACCUGAAGAUCAUCCGGCCCCUCCAGAAAUACAGGAUUCACACCGUAUCCUGUAGCACAUUGGCCUCUGGGAUGGUUUGGGUGGUGAACUUUGCCUUCAUGCUGCCUUUCUUUUUUGAGAAAAGAGGGAAGGGACCCUGUGACCAUAAAUGCUUCCACUUCAGGAGCAAAAGCACCAUGGCAGCAGCCUUCAACAUGGCCGCAGUAGCUGCCUUCUUCAUCGUGCUGCUGCUCUUCCUCUACUUCUACAGCAAGAUAUUUGCCAAACUGCACCAGGUCUCCUCAGUGAAGGCCCAGCAGCUGAACAAGAAGACCAGCACGAGAGCCAUCACCAAGACCUUUGUGGUCCUGAUCAUCUUCAUCGUCUGCUUCACCCCCUACCACACUGUCCGCAUCCCUUACAUCCUGGCGCAGAUCGGGGCCAUUUCCAGCCUGCCCUGGAAGCAAGGUCUGCACCUUGCUAACGAGCUCGUGCUCUGCAUCUCAGCCCUCAACAGCUGCCUCGACCCCAUCAUCUUCUUUUUCUUGUCCAGCAGUUUCCGCAGGGCCGUGCUCUGCACCAUCCAGGGCAGGCUGAAGGGAGCCCUGCUGAGCAACCAGGGCAGGCUGACCCCCAGCAGGUCUGUGACAGAACUGUAGGGUCAAGGUCCAGAAAAUGGGAUUUCCUCAUUGCAGAUUGGCUCUGGCCACUGGUAUUUAUGGGACAAGACUUGCUGGGAAGAUGGAACCACUCCAUGAGACAUGGCUUAGAGGGCAUGGUGUGAUGGGUCGGGGUUGGGCUCGGUGAUUCAUUGAGGUCUUUUCCAGCCAUAAUGAUUCCAUGACUCUACGACUCAUGUAACACCACCAGGGUCAGAGCCUCCAUGGGAGUAAACAAGGAGGAAAGGACAAUUGGGACCUUGCUUGUUCCUACCACAACUGGCAUAGGUGAAGAGCAUAUUUCCGAGCACAAAUGAAGCUGGAAGUGCCAAAGGAGAUUUGGCCUUGGCCUGGGAACCCCAGGCAGCCCAGAGAGCAGGAGCAGAGCUGCAGGCAGAUGGAGGAGAGGAGAGGAGUGAGAAGGGGAAUGGGAAUCAUUACUAAGGACACAUCGUCUUCUCACCAAAGAGAGGAAGAAAGGGAUGGGACAGUAGAAGGUGCAGUGCAAAAGCAUCAGGGAAGGAUGAGGAGACAUCAAAACAUCACUUAUGGAGCAGGGGAAUAUUUUGCUCCAUGAUGGAGCCCAGAGGUGAGCGCUGCCAGACUUGCACUACAGACCUGCCAGGAAAUGCUGCAGCCCUGCAGCCUCAAACCAUGUCAGCAACAGCUGUAUUCUCUUAUUACUGCAGCCUCUGUAAUCUCAACUCAGCCUCACAUCUCUGUGCACUGAGCUCAGGGUUUCCUUUAGCUCUUUGCUCCUCUCACCAGCACAUUUGCAGGGGCUGGCAGCUCUCCUGGGAACAGCACAGCUCGCAUGGGGCCAUUGCUUCAGGAAGAUUGCAAUGGGCAGAGGGGCUGCGGUGCCUCCAAGCCCCAACAGGAGCAGCUGGCUCUGAGUUUCUCAGCUCUGCUGCUCUGCAGCAGCUCCAAAAGAGAAACCCAUGAGAGAUGUGCAACAGUUGCUGCCUUCAUCAGUGCCUGUUCCCUUCCUGCAGAAGAUAUUUCUCUGUAUUUUUAUCAUGUUCUAUGCCCACACCUCAUUUGUUCCCUUAUUCUUAGGGCAGUGCAGAGGUGGAGCAGCAGCAUGCACUCCCUAUUGGGCAGCAGAGCUGGGCAGUGAGGGGUGGGGGUUCAUUAAGACCAAAGUGCCAUAGUGACCACAAGACUCCAACACCUGAAUAAUACUUGGGAGAAUAAAAUGUUUCCUUAAAGACUGAUUGAUCUGAUUUUUCCAAUCAAGGUAUGAGCAGCUUCAGUCCUCUUUUCUCUUUGUAUGAUGAGCAGGAGAGAGGGAUAUUUCACACAGAGGGUGGUGAGGCACUGGCACAGGUUGCCCAAGGAGGCUGUGGAUGCCCCAUCCCUGCAGGCAUUCAAGGCCAGGCUGGAUGUGGCUCUGGGCAGCCUGGGCUGCUGGUUGGUGACCUGCACAC